AUGAGUAGUGACCCAUCUCUUAUCGGGGGACUCUCGAGACUGCCUUGCCGCCUUUUAAUUCAACGACUCCAAUAUGGUCCAAAUCCUGCGCAACGAUCAGUCGACCGCAAGUUACGGGAGAUUCUUACUUCCAAUGCAAAUCUGUCAGUCGACUAUGUGAAUGAUACUCUGGAACUCUUGCGCUCUGAAACAUGGGAGUUGCCUGGGAGUGAGCUUCGGGAAGUGCAAUCAUUCCUUCAAGGAAAUCCCUCCUACCCUGAUUUGGAACCACUGGUUAUCACUGCCAGUAAUUCUGUUGAUAGUCCAAUGAGCCAGACUGCAGACAGCAUAGACUCUUCGCAUUGGCGCACGACAUUGCAGGGGCUCGUUAGUGCUCUCAUCGUGCCUGAUGAACUGCAGUGGAAGAAUAUUUGGCGCAAAGAUACUGCAUCCUACAUGCAACGAAUAUUGGAUAAGAUCCAGUCCAGGGGACUGCAUCAUUCUUCGUCUUCUGCGCGUAUAACACUGGCUGAAAACGUUGCCUCCCUUGCCUCGCACCUCAAGCUGUUCUCUCGGCAACAGUCAUCUCAGUUCCGCAUUGCCGCUGCUCUUCUAUUACCUCUGAACGGAAUUGUUGAAGGCCCAUCAACUGAAGUCGACGUUCAUGUGCGGCGACAAGCGUUUAGUGCUUUCCGAGCCGUCAUCAGAGAACAUUUAGCGGAUAUCCAGUCUGAUGAGCCGCCACCUGUCUUUGAUUUCUUACAACGCGGAUUCAAUGACAAAGACCGUUCUGUCAGAGUUGAUGCUGGUCGCGCACUUUCGGAUUUGGUCCACCUCCACGCCCGUGCAAUUGAUAGAGGGUGCAAAUUCAACGAAACAACUUUCAUGAAGAUCAGCAGCUUGCUUGAAUCAAGCGUGAAGGAUGCGGUGAAAGAAACGCUGCUAGUUACUAUCGGUUCUAUCGGGCGCGAUGCUCAGUUUGAGCUUCUUGGAUUAGUUGUCCACUGUUUGAUAUCCCAACUGGGCCAAGAUAACCAUGUGUUAAAAGGCUUAGCGUACACACAACUUUUGGAGAUAGCGAAAGCACAGAUGAAGUCCCCUUACAAUCUUGUCUCGCCAUACCUUUCUCAGGUCGCAACAUUCGUCGUCUCCCGGAAAUGUACGAAUCCAAUGCUGAUAUUUGAGACGUGUCGAUUUCUAUCUGUGCAUCCAACCGAUUUUAUCUCCGUCACGCUAUCCAAAACUCUUCCGUAUCUCUUUGCUAACUCCGAAGCGAAGGUUAUAGAGGAGAUUUCGGAGGAUUUGGGUGAAACGAUUUUGUCGUUGUUCAUGAAGCAUUCUCACCAAAUUCUUGCUCAUGUGUAUCAACAACACGGACCAGCACAAACAACCGGGUCUUUGACGUUCAUCAUGAACAUAAUUUCUAGGGGUGCCGAGCCCAAGCCAGCUGAUUUCACCGUUCGAGGCAUGGUCCAGAGCUGUGUGGUGGCAUUGCUCGCAGAUCUAGUUGUGGUCCUAGGACAUGAGAAUGAAGAGCGAGCUGCGUUGGCAGUGGAUGCUUUGCGAAAAGUCCAGCGGUCAAUAACGAGUGAAACCGAACUCGAAUUGUCUCCGUUCCUCAGGACCUACAUGCUUGGCAUUGUAUCCAACUUGAAUGAGAUGUUGCAAGACGUUCAUGGCAAGAAAUCAUUUCCAGCAAAGAAGCAGAUUCUACGCGGUCUAGAGGUGCUAAUCGUCCAAAUCGGACCUCAUGUAAAUGAAGUUUCCCCUCAGAUUAUGGCCACCCUGCAAACUAUGUUUUUGGUCCCCGAACUUGCUGAAGUCACCCUAUCUACGUGGUACACAUUUCUGUCCACGUUGAAUGUCGAGGAUGUUAUUCCACAUAUCGGCACUACCAGCGCAGCCAUUGUUUCCGCAUGGUCAGCUUUGUCUCAUUCCACACGGGAAUCCGCCAAGAAAUGUUUGCGUCAUAUUGUCUUCGAUGUUGGAAGCACCGUUCGAAAUGACGCAAAGGCAAAUCUACACGAGGUCGUGGACCUCGGUCAUAUCCCAGGGCUUUCUGAAAUACAUACCCAGCUUCAGAGUGUUCGCAUCUGGGAUCCGCGCGCGCAACUCCAGAAGAUUCUAGAUCGGUGCUCCAGUAACAACAUCACAGUGGCUCAGGUGGCUCUCUCUGAACUCCAAAACUUCAUGAAGAACAAUCAACCCUCGCUUAUACAAAACCUUGCGGCGGGCGACGCAUUUGAUCCCUUAAUUGGAAGUAUACAAUUGACCUUAUUCCAGGUUGUCAGUCGUGAUGGAGAGGGUUCUGACACUCUGCGGCAGCUGGCGUUUGAGUGCAUGGGCAUUCUUGGGGCGGUUGAUCCAGAUCGUUGCGACCUUAAUUCGACAGAGACGAAAAUGAUCGUGCGGAAUAACUUUGAAGAUGACACAGAAGCAAAAUCGUUUGCUCUGCACGUCAUCCAGGAUGUUCUCGUGGACGCCUUCCGGUCUACUAGCGACAUAAAGUAUCAAGGACAUCUCGCCUUCACGAUACAAGAACUCCUGCGAUUAUGUGAUUUUUCUACUGCCCUUGUGUCAUCGGAAAACACGACAUCCGUCUCAGCGUGGGUUCGCAACAGGUGGAACGGGUUCCCCAAACACGUGCUUGAAACAGUUACUCCACUCUUGGGGGCAAAAUUCAAAGCUUCGCAUAAGGAAUUGCCCCAUCUCCCUUCGCCCAUUUACCCUCAUCAAAAGACCUAUCGAGAGUGGGUACAGCUAUGGACAGCUCAUCUAAUAACCAAAGCGUCCGGGGGUAUGGCGCAGGACAUCUUUGGGGUCUUUCGCUCGGCAGUGCGCAACAAGGAUGUUGGUGUCGCUCACCACAUACUGCCUCACCUCGUAUUGAACAUCCUUGCUUCUGAGAACGACGAAGAUACCAGCGGCAUUAUCCAGGAAUUAACAGCUGUUUUGAAAGAUCAGGUGGCUUCUGAUAGUCUGUCCACUCCAGACAAGAAGUUCCUUAGUGCACAGGCUGUUUUCACGUUGUUGGACCAUCUCAGUGCAUAUGUGCGAGUCCAGCGACAGGAUUUACCAAAGAAAGCUGAGGGGAGAAGAUCACGAGGAAAUCCUGAAUUUGCGAUACGACAGCAGCAGCUUAUCCGGGUCGAUUCAGUACUCUCUAGCAUUGACCAUGAACUCAUGGCUAAAGCUGCGCUACAGUGUCGAGCUCACGCUCGCUCACUUAUGAACUUUGAGAGGCAGAUAGUCUCGAUGAGAGAGAGACAGCCUCCCCCUCCCGGAACGGAUUUCACACCCUAUUAUGAACGCCUUCACGAGAUCUACGCACAGCUUGAUCAGCCGGAUGGAAUGGAGGGUAUAUCGACUUUGAUCUUGUCCCCUUCAUUGGAACAUCAAAUCCGUCAACACGAAAGUACUGGACGCUGGACUGCUGCUCAGAGUUGUUGGGAAGUUCGCCUCCAGCAACAACCUGACAAUUUAGACUUCCAUCUUGGACUCCUUCGAUGUUUGCGCAACCUUGGACAUUAUGAUACGCUCCGCACACAUGUCCAGGGUGUUCUCGUUAGAAACCCAGGGUGGCAGUCGGUUUUGGCAGAUUUUCAGGUCGAAAGCGCGUGGAUGAUAGGAGCAUGGGACUACGUUCACAACAUCACAGCGAAUACGGAACACGAAGGGCCUUCCGUAGUCAAAGCCCGAGUUCUUCUUGCUAUGCGGUCUGGUGAACUUCUGCAGAUCGAAGAAAGCCUAAGGAAAGCACGCCUUGUCCUUGGUGCUCCAAUUGCUGCUUCUGGGCCAAGUGGGCAUCGUCGUGCUUAUGACGCUCUGGUCGACCUGCACAUGAUUCACGAACUCGAAUUGAUCCACGAGGCUGUGUCUAAUUUGCCGCCAAGCUCACAAGGCCGUAAAUCUGCCAUCGUGACUCUUAGCCAAAUUCUUAGUGCACGUUUGGACCGUACAUUGCCUACCUUCCGCGUACACGAAUCCCUGCUUAGCAUGCGGCGAACAGCAUUUUUACUCAGCACAGUCUCUCGACCAUCAAUCACAAGUCAAAUUGGUCAAUCGUGGUUGGCGAGUGCUAAGAUUGCUCGAAAAGCCGGACAGUGGCAGACCGCAUACAGUGCAAUGCUCCAAGCGCAGUACACCAACGCUCGAUUCAGUUUCAUGGAAAGUGGGAAGCUGGUCAGAGCACGGGGAGAGCCGUUGCGCGCGCUACAAGAACUUGAAAAAUCCAUGCGCAUCCUAGGUCUCGUGGACAACAAUACUAUUGACUUGACGAGAGAAGAUGAACAGUCUAUACGGAUGAAGGCAAAGGCGCAAAUUCUUCUUGCACGUUGGAUGAACGAGUCUGAUCGAUACGAGGCUUCCUACGUGCUGAAACAGUUUCAGAACGCCGCUGACUCAGCUCCAGGAUGGGAGAGUGCCUUUUACCACCUUGGUCACUUCCAGGAUCAGUGUUAUAGGAAUCUAUCGUCAGACGACAAGUCAAACCGUGGAAUCAAGAUGAAUUUUCAAACCAUCAAGUGUUUCACAGAGGCCGCUGCUUAUGGAAACAAAUUUGUAUACCAGACUAUUCCUCGCUUGCUCACCUUGUGGCUAGACAUGGGCGAGCGCAAGGUGUCAGCAGAAAAUCCGUUGUUUGAUAAGAUCAACAGCGUUGUCGCCAGCUCCAUCGAUAGCAUCCCGGUGUACAAGUGGUUUACUGCAUUCCCUCAAAUCGUAUCUCGAAUCGGACAUCCCAAUCGUGUUGUGUGCUUGGUCUUAUCAAAACUUAUUUCAUCGGUCAUCCGAGAAUACCCCAAUCAAGCGCUUUGGUUCUUCGCAUCAGUCGUAAACUCGACGAAACCCAAUCGUCAACAACGCGGAAGAACAAUAUUAGACCAGCUGAAAAACAGCCCGGCGAACACAGACUCUAACUUUCCGAACCUUAUCACAAGUCUUCACGCCAUGAUCGACGAGCUCCUUCGGCUUUGUAAUUACCCCAUCGCUGACCGCAAGACGCUCAGCAUGCGCCGUGAUUUUCCAAAGCUACUUGCGAUGAAAGAGAGUAAUAUCCUCAUCCCUUUGCAAUCAUCAUUGACAGUCAACCUCCCGCCUGUCUCGUCUACGAGUCACCGUGAUAAACGACAUAAUCUUUUCGACCCUUUUUCGCCCACGUUUGCUGUCUUCUACGAUGAAAUCGAAAUCAUGCACUCGUUGGCCAAGCCACGAAAAAUCACCGUUAACGGUUCCGAUGGCAUUAAAUAUAUGUUCCUUGCCAAACCGAAGGACGAUCUGCGGAAGGAUGCGCGCCUUAUGGAUUUCAAUGGGAUCAUCAACAAGCUCCUCAAGACUAAUUCAGAAUCUCGGAGAAGGCAACUUCACAUUCGGACGUACGGCGUGGUGGCGCUGAACGAGGAAUGUGGUGUUAUUCAAUGGGUACCGAACACUAUACCUGUGCGACCCGUACUAUUGAAAUACUACGAGACGAGGAAUAUUCCAGCUUGGUCCAAGGAGCUGAAUGAUGUCACAAGACGCAUCAAAGACGGUUCCGAUAAAGAUGCCGCUGAACUAUUUGCGACCAAAAUUCUUCCUGAGUUUCCUCCGGUCUUUCAUGAAUGGUUCGUGGAGACGUUCCCGGAGCCGUCAGUAUGGCUAGCUAGUCGCCUGAAUUAUGGGCGUACCAUGGCAGUGAUGUCGAUGGUCGGAUUCAUCUUAGGAUUGGGAGAUAGGCACUGCGAAAAUAUCCUUCUGGACACCAACAACGGAGACUUGGUCCAUGUUGAUUUUAGUUGUCUCUUCGAGAAGGGUAAAACGCUUGACACACCCGAACGGGUUCCUUUCAGACUCACUCAAAACCUUGUUGACGGCCUUGGGGUGACUGGCAUAGAAGGAGUCUUCCGUAUCGCCUGCGAAAUUACAAUGCAACUCCUCCGCGAUAAUAAGGACCCCCUCAUGAGUGUUCUCGAUGCAUUUAUUCAUGAUCCGCUGGUCGAAUGGGAGGAUGAGACGAGAAAGAGAAAAGACAAAUCGAAUUCAGCCGCUAUCAAGGCUGCUGAUUUGAGAUUAUGGGCCAAGUCUGCGCUGCGGCCGAUAGAACGGAAAUUGAAAGGACUAUAUUCCCCGACAAAUGUGAAGGAGCGGACUUAUGGAGGAAUCACAAGAGGAGGAGAAGAUGAACGGGAAAUCUCGACAAGCAAUCUCGUCCAGAUGCUCAUACAAGAGGCAAUCGACCCCGCAAACCUGGGCAAGAUGUAUCCUGGAUGGGCUGCGUGGCACUAG